GGUUAGAGUCAAGUUUAUAGCCAAUCAAAAAUACUUUUCAAAUCUCAUUCAAUCUGUUGUGACUUGAGAUUUUUCUCAUCACUCGAUUUUAAACUAGAAGCUCCGUUGGCUUUUAUCGAUAGUCAAACAAGAUUUGUUACAGAAUUAUAGUCGCUGGAAUUCGGAUAAAAUUUGUUUGCUAAAUUUUCGAGUCUGUCGCCAGUCGAAAAAUUGUGUCUUGUCCGUCGUAAGAGAAUUUUAUCGGUUGAUCGUUAAUCCUAUUUUAAUCGUAAUUAGUAUAAUUCUUUCUUAUCAUACUGGAACCCUAUCUAUUAUUAAUGCUUGAACCACGAGUUCCGACGUAAGUUCCAACGACCAAUGAUGAUCGCUGUCAGUACUUAUGGUGGGGAGCACCUUAGCCUUUGAUAACUUAUCCAGUAAUCCAAUUGCUACAUAUCGCAACUAGAUCGUGUGUUCGACGUCUGUACGCUGCACAUGCAUCAAUGUUGUUGAAAAAAGUUGGUUGCUAUUUGCAACAUUGGUAGGAUAAUCGUUCAGGAAUCCCAACUUUCCAUUUUAUUACCAAUAAAAAGCAUCUAUCUUCAAAAUGAACCAGCAAGGUUACAGCGCUUUCAACAAUAAUCAAUUCAGGCCCAGUACAGAUUUUGGAUUAAGUGGACCAACUCUUCCAAGCAACUAUAAUGGGUCUAACACACAAAGAAAUCCGCCACCCGUACCACCUCGUGUUCAUAGACCUGUUCAAAGCUAUCAGCCCAUGUACGGUGACUAUCGAAUGCCAAAUUAUUAUGGUUCAUAUGGAUCCACCAUGAAUUAUAGAGGUUACGGAGGUUACGGAGGAUAUGGAUCAUAUGGUGCAUAUGGAUCAAUGCCCGGUUAUAAUUCGUAUAAUCAGUUUGGGGGACCAAGUGGUGAUGCGGAAAAUCGAUUUGUUCAAAUUGCUGAGGAAAGUACAAGGCCAGCAUUUCAGUCAAUAGAGUCGAUGGUUCAAACAUUUUCAUCAGUGACAAUGAUGCUCGAAUCAACGUUUUUUGCCAUGACAAGUUCGUUUAGAGCAAUUCUAAGUGUAGCAGAUAAUGUUGGUAGACUACGCUCUAUGUUUGGACAGUUUUUGAACACAUUUGCCUUGAUCAGAUUUAUGAAAUGGUUGUACUGGAAGUGCAUGUAUAUUCUUGGUUUACGUCCAGAUGAUCCAAACAGUGAAUCACUGUGGCGACAAACAGCAAUGGAAGUUAUGAAUGGAGAGAGAACAGGACCUUCUAGUUGGCCUAUUCUAAUGUUUCUUAGCAUGCUGUUUGCGAUACCUUACUUAGUACAUAAAUUAGUAAGCAAUGCCAAAGAAAUUAAAACAAAUGCAAACAAUCCGGAAGAAUGGUCCCAACUAAACGAACCCAUAUACACAGCCACGGCAACAUACGAUUUCAAAGCCUCUUCUAGUGAUGAGUUGAGUUUAAGAUCUAGACAGAAAAUUUGGCUAGCACCAAAAUCGUUGCAACCCAAGGAUAAUCCUGGCUGGUGUCGAGCAACUGAUGGUGUCAAUGUUGGUCUAAUACCGUACUCAUAUGUAACAGUGGUUGGACAGCUCAAAAAAAAAUCGGAAUCCAAUGAAACAGGAAUAGACAACAGUGCACCCCCCAAUGUGGGUACUACUUUAAAUGAGGGUGUAAGUUCUGAAGAUAAAAGUGAUUUUUCUAAUCUGGAAGAGACAUAUGACAAAGAACUAUCUGAAAAUUAGGAUCAUCAUAUUUGUGAACAUGGAUUCCUAGGUAAUUUUUUAUACUGUAUCAUUUUGGCGGUGCGAUUAAUACUCAAUGAUUCUUGUACUCGCAAUACUUAUCUAGGUAUUACGCUAUUCCGAACCUUGUAUUGUAUACAAAAUCACGUCAAAAUUUCAUGAACAUUCGUUAUGAUUGAUUAGUCAUUCCAACUAAUUUUAAUUGGCCAGUAAUAGUGGAAAUGACAAUUAACUAACUUACGUUCGUAACUAUUCGUGGAUAAGCCAUACCUUAGGAUUUAUUUCAGACAAUGGGUUGAAAAAUUAACGGUGUAAUUUUAGUCGAAUUUUAUGUGGCAAUACUGCGAUUUGCCAUGUUUUGACUACUUUGAAGUGAAGGAGAAUCGCAGAAUAAAAUAUUUAGUCACAUUGGGAAGAUUGAAUUCUAAUCGAUAAUUUAGAAUUUUGCUAUAAUACAUUUUUGAUAAAGCGUUGCGACUAGAAAUAGGGACUUAAUUUGUGGUGAAUUGAAACUGUAUAUAUGUUGUAUAUGUCACAUAAAAAUUUAUACAUGUGUUACUGAA